AUGGGCUUCGGCGCUUUAACCAGUGCCAGAGCUCGUCAUGGACUUCGUGGACAUGUACAUUGGAGAAGAAAACCCGAGCCCCCAGGCCAACCACAUGAGACACCUGUCACACAAGACACCAGCCAGGCUGAAGACACGGGUGCUGUGACUUCCGGAACGCCCGUCUCCGAUCAUCAUAACCAAUCCUUGAGUUCCACGACUGAAGGUGAUACCAAUUCUACGGAUGCUAAGGAAUCGUUCUCUGAGACUUGCCAGGCUAUAUUUGGGUGUGGACCUUCCUCUCUCCCCGGAUCGCUCACAGGCAGUCCUUCCAGUGUGCCCGGAUCGCUCGCAGACAGACCUUCCUGUGUCCCUGAACCGCCCGCCGACAAUCCUUCAAUCCUCCCUGGAUCGCUCCCCAACAAUCCUUCAAUCCUCCCUGGAUCGCUCCCCGACAAUCCUUCCUGUGUGGCCGGAUCACUCGCAGACAAUCCUUCAAUCCUCCCUGGACCGACCGCCGACAAUCCUUCAAUCCUCCCUGGACCGCCCACAGACAGUCCUUUAAUCCUACCUGGCUCGCUCCCCGACAAUCUUUUCGGUGUACCUAGAUCUCUCGCCGACAACCCUUCAACACUCCUCGGACCGCAAGCGGACAGGCCUGUGUAUGUUCCCGGAUCGCACGCCGACAAUCCUUUCUAUCUUCCAGGACCGCGCGCCUUGAGUCCUUCCUCUCAUCAUAGUUCCCUCUCCGACAGUUCUUCCUCUACCUGCUCCUCCUCUUCUCCCGCCUCUCCCUCGUGGUCAUAUGGGUCCAGUUCCUCCGGCUGCAGCCCGGUGUCCGACGUGGACAACUCCGACACCAACCAACUGGAUGUCUCCAAUAGCAGCCAAAGCUCCCCCAGUUCAAGUGGAUCCGAAGAUCAUGUGCCUCGAUAUACGGCAGGUACGAUUCAGUAUAAGGCUGUAGCUGAUAAACAAUCGGACUGGAAAGGCCAGGUUUUGAAUUACUUUGAACAAAAGUUUGUUUCUCCUAAGGACAUCCCGGAUGUCCAGCCCUGCCCCGCUUUUAACCAGACCAGUAGUUUCACAGCCGCUGGUGUUUCUCCGGAUGACAAUUAUACCAUUGAAUUGAAAUCCUCUUCAUGUUGUAAAGAUGUUCGACCAAAGGAAACAACGGCAGUUCUACGUACCAGUCCUAACAUAUGGUAUUCCUCGCCUACAGACAGUGAAGGCUUAAGAUUUAUGUCCCUUGAAAAUGAACCGGAAAAGCGACUCUUCUGUGACCUUGACCCUCCGGUUUCUAAAAGGGGAAGUGACGAUAGUUUCAGGAUGGACAGUGUACAUGAGAAGGACAACCCAGGGCCGGAUAUAUACAGCAAUAUCGGUAAUAAAGAAAUUUCAAGCACCAUGACAGAAAACGACGAACAUAUAUCACCGAAACGUCAUUUUCCGCAAAUGAAGUUUGAAAACAUUUCAAGAGGGACAAGAGGCGAUCAAGAUUUUAAAAGAAUGUUUCCAAUUCCAAAAUUGACCAGAAGAAACAAAUGUUUACCUGGAGUAUUUGUGUCUCCGGACAGUGUCGGUACAAGACGUAUCAAAAGGUUGAGCGAGGACUUCACUGGUUCGGACAGCGCCAUUGGCGCUCUUUGUAUGCCCUCGAAGAAGAUUAAGACAGAUACCCCCGGCAUGAGCCGUGCCAGAAAGAGGCUUGGAAAGUGGUUGAAAUGAGUCCUUGUAGCGCAGCGUGUGAUGUGUGGAAGUGAGAGACAGUGUCCCUAUGAUACGAGUAUAUGUUGAUAACAUUAAAUGUUUUUGAUAAUG